CCAUGGUAAUUUUUUGGGUACUUCGUGAAUUGUGUGCAAACGUUAUGUGCUGAGUUAAAUUGUACUUUGUGAACUGCGUGAGUGAUUUUCAUCAAAAAUGCCGAAAUACUUUGAAGAUAAGGAAGAGUCGAAACGACCAUGCGCUGGUGUUCGAGAGGAUCUCAAAGCUUGUCUUCUGGCGAGUGCUUGCGUAAGAAUUGAUAAGAAGACGCCCAAAGAAUGUCUACAAAAAGGAGAAAAUGUUGACAACCACUGCCGGGCACUUCAGGUGUCAUUCUUUGAAUGCAAGCGAUCUCUAUUGGACACAAGGACACGAUUUCGAGGGAGGAAAGGAUACUGAUCGACAGACAGAGCAUUUGUACAAUAUGUGAAUUGACUUUUGGACAAUAAUUUUGCUGACUAUGUCCAAACUCAGAGCGCAAAGCCUCGAGGAAUUGUGUGGCCAACCAAAAGACACACUGAUGUGAUAUUAGUGUUAUUGGGGAAGGGAGUAGAGACAAUACGACGACCUGAUCAGCAUAGCUUGACCGUCUGUCUCCAGCAUCACACCACAACGUGGAGCGUAUUCAAGAUCCAGCCAGUUUAGGAAUGAUUUUAUCAGAUUGUGGUUUGUUGUCGACAAGAUUUAUUUGAGAUUUUGUAAAAAAUAAGAUGUUCAGACAUACUUUUCCUUUUAUGAUUUUUUAAAAUCACCGAUGUAGUGGAUUAUGCAAGGCUUUAUUUGAUUAUACUGUAAUAUACUAUAUUUUCGAUUAGAGGCAUUUGGUGCUCAAUAUGUGGCAUGGUGUAAUGUAGUUUUACAGAAAGAGGUAAUUAUACGCCCCCAAAAUGUUAAUCUGAUAAAGGGAUUGACCUUUCCGUGACAUCUGAAAGUACACGUUUUCUGUGUAACAAUAUGGUAGUUUUCAUUAAUUUACUUUCUUGCAACUUUGAUGACCAAUUGAGUCCAUUUGUUCCCAAGUUUGUUAUUUUAGGCAUGUUUGAAACAAGUGAAGAUACUGGUCUGUGACUACUUUUACCAAAAAAAUGUCCUAGAUUUAACUGCAUGCAUAUUAUUAUUUCAUCCUACUUUUAAAACUGUCCAUUACAUGGUUUAGAUGCCAUUGUUGUUGGUAAACAUUCUAAAAUUUCUGGACCCAAAAGGGUAAAUUUGUAGAUGGAAUUCUUGAAUAAAUCCAUAGUGAAUAAAAUUUUAAAAAAUGUCAUCUUUUAUUAUUGACAUAACUAGGCCUUAUAGUCGUAUUAUUCUCUAGGACUCUAGAUAUCCCUUCCCCUCCAUUGAACAAUCUUCCUCUUCCUGCCGUCCAUAAAUAAAACCAAAAGUGACCGCUAAUUUUAUUCAACACCAGCAUUCGUAAAUACGUUAAUUCAUGCAAUUUAUUUGUUGUUUUGCUGGGAAAACGACAAACCUGUACUGUUUGUGUUGAGGAGAGUUCGUUUGAACGGAUGGCUUUGGGUUAUGGUUAGAAAAGCGCCCGCUCUUGGUCAGUAAGAUGCAUUACUAUUAUUUAUUACAAAUCCACACAGAGCCAUGAUGAGUCUGUCUGUCUUUCUAGCCUAUUUCAAUCCACUGCAGGAGAAAAGCCCCUUCACAAAUUAUCCAUUUCACUCUAUCCUUCACUGUCUGUUGCCAGGCAAGUUAGUUUAUUUUUCUCACCAUCUUCUGUUUUGUUGCCAUCUUUUGCUUGUUCGGUUCCUGAGUUCAGUUGAUUGUUUUGCAGGCCAUACCUCCUUGCUAGGUACUUCUCAACUUCUUUGAUUUAAUAUAAUCGUCUUGAUUGUCAUGAUGAGUACUGCACCGUAAAACAUUAUAAGUAAAUUUGUGGGUGUUUCAGUUUUCUACUUGGAGACACUGGACACUAUCUGAUCAGUAAUUGUCCAAGACCAGUCUUCUCACUUGGUGUAUCUAACAAUAUGCAUCUAACAAUAUAAACAUGUGAAAAGUUUAGCUCAAUUGGUCGUCGAAGUUGCGAGAUAAUAAUGAAAGAAAAAACACCC